AUGGAUCGUGCAGCUUAUGACCAACAAAUCCUCAAGAUCAUUAACGAUACUAACAAAUUCAAGCCAUUAAGCACAGACCCAACUAUCUCGCGCGAAAACAAACUUCAAAGAACUUUACGAGACAUUAGACGUAGAGGCCAGUUAGAUCAGGUAAUUUACGAACGUAUUUAUCCCUGUGGUUCACAGCCAGCACGUAUUUAUGGCCUACCUAAAAUGCACAAACCGAGAGAUGAAGACUCUCUUCCACCGUUUCGACCAAUUAUCUCGUGCAUAGGUAGCUAUAAUUAUAUGUUAGCCAAAUACUUAAGUGAGCUACUCACACCUCAUAUUCCUUCAGAAUACAGCGUCCAUGACUCGUUUAGCUUUGUCAAAGAAAUUAAUGAUUUAGAUACUAACAACCGGUUCAUGGUCUCGUUUGAUAUCGUUAGUUUGUUUACUAAUAUCCCUCUAGAGGAAUGCAUUGAUCUAGCGGUAAAAUACACAAAGGAUGGUAACCCGAAUCUUAAGUUAACUCACGAAGAUCUCAGGGAUUUGUUCAAACUUGCUACAACGGGUACACAUUUUCUAUUUAAGGGUAACUUUUAUGAGCAAGUCGAUGGUGUGGCCAUGGGCUCACCUCUUGCUCCGAUUCUGGCUAAUUUAUUUAUGGGACACCAUGAAAAAAACUGGCUAGAUGAUUACAAGGGUCCUCCUGUUUUAUUUUACCGAAGAUAUGUGGACGAUACUUUUUGCCUCUUUAAUAACAAACAAGAUGUUGACCAAUUUUUUCAAUACAUCAAUGGGAAACAUUCUAGCAUUAAGUAUACUAAAGAAGAACAAACUAACAAUACCUUGCCUUUUCUUGAUAUACGGAUUGACAACUCAAGAGAGCAAAACGUAACUUCAAUCUUCCGUAAACCUACGUUUAUGGGACUUUUUAACAACUUUACUAGUUUUUCUCCGAUAGCAUACAAGAGAGGCUUGAUACGCACUUUAAUAGAUCGCGUCUAUAAGAUUAAUAACACAUGGAUACGUUUUAAUGAAGAUCUUAAAAAUCUCAAACACAUCCUUCAGAGAAAUUUAUUUCCAUCGUCUCUGAUCGACAAAUGUAUUGAAAAUUAUCUAAAUAACAUCUUUAUAGCUAGACCUGACACUCAAAAAGUAGACCAGGAAACGAGAUAUUACAAACUUCCGUAUAUCGGUCAUUUCUCGAAGAUAGCACAAAUCAAACUAGAUAGACUAGUUAAACAGCACUGCAAGAACAUCAACAUCAAGUUAGCCUUUACCACAUUCAAGAUAGGUAGUUUAUUCACUGUGAAAGAUCCUAUCCCCAAGGAAUUGAAGUCCUGCGUUGUUUAUAAAUUCUGUUGUGCAAGCUGUAAUGCUUGCUAUGUCGGUCAAACGAUUAGACAUUUCAAAACACGCAGGAAAGAACAUUUAUUUGGAGAUAAAUCCUCACACGUGUAUAAGCACGUACAUAACACUAAAUGCGGAGAGAAUGUGAAUAAUGAAUGCUUUUCUAUUAUCGAUUCUGAUAAUACAGAAUACAAAAUUAAGAUCAAAGAAGCGAUGCAUAUCAAAUGGCUACGACCAUCGUUAAAUCAACAAGUCAAACACUUAGCUCUCUCUUUGUCUUUGUAA